AAUGAAGCACAGGUGUGUUGUGUCCGCACCUCUCCCUUCUCCUGCCGUUUGACGUUUACAUUAAAACAUAACGUGAUUAAAGUAACAGAUAAUUAUCAAAAGCCACUCAUAUGUUGGCUUAAAAUGAAGGUGCCAGAGGAUGAAUUAAUGAGCGAUAUUUUGAAGCGUUUAACGGGCGAGUCAGCCCUCCCUUGCUACAGCAACAUAGUGAAGUAUAAGAGAGGAAGGCAAGGAGUAUACUUCGUGGCCGAGGAAUUCAUUGAAUCUGUGAAGAAACGAGAGCAAGUCAACGCCAAGGAACGACUGAGAAUAAGGAACUUGAACACCAUGUUUUCCCGCCUGAAGCGCAUGGUCCCACUGAUGCGACCAGACAGAAAGCCCAGUAAAGUGGACACACUCAAAGCUGCGACAGAAUACAUAAGAUUGCUUCUUGCAGUUUUGCAGGACGCCGACAGUAAUACUGUCAGUGGGACUGAUUUCCUCAAGAAUGCAAUCACUUAUGGCCAGACUGAUGUCUUGGGAAGUGAUCUAUGGCGAGUGGAUGAUGUGAGU